CGAAGUUCUGGGACGAAGCAAGACGCCGCUCCCACAUCUGCUUUUUUCGGUGGUUUUAGACAAUACCAGAAAUUCCUGGCAGAAUCUUAGAAGCCUAGAAAAUUGUGAAGAAGAAUUGUGAAAAUUGUGAAGAAGAAUUUUUUUUUUUAAAGAAAUCCGGAGAUGGAAUCCAUUUGGAAUGUGUUGGCCGGGAUCAAGCAAGAUAUAGAACACAUCUUCCAGAAGGGAGACACUCCAAAGCCAGGAGAUAUGAUUCAAUUCCAGAUGGUUUUGCCUUUCCAGCAUUGGGGUAUCUACAUAGGCAAUGGAGAAAUUGUGCAUUUUGCAUAUUCAUUUUCUGACAUAUUUCCGUAUGAGGUCCGCAGAGAAAAAAUCAAGGAUGUCCUAGGAGCUGUGAAAAGUGCAGUGUGGAAUAAAUUUGAUCACAAAUAUCCUCCCUUGGAUCCUACUCAUGUGGUGAAAAGAGCUCUGCAUAUGGUAAACAAAGUCCUAAGAUUCAAUUUCGUUACUGCAAACUGUGAGCACUUCGCCACGUUGAUGAGAUACAACAAGGCUCUGUCUGAUCAGGUAGGAUCUCCAGUUCUCCGAUCGGUUUUUUUCAGUUCAAUUGGCUUUUUUUCCCCCUUCCCCUCCAGAAAACACAACAAGUCCCAGGCCCUCUUUGGGGCUUUUGCUUCUAUUUUUGCUUAUUUAUAGCUUCCUACGGAAUUUAUGAAUCCAGCUAGGUGGCAUCAGAUUUUGGUCGGUUAAAUAAAGAAUACUUUUUAAAAACCCUAAGGAGAUAUUCCAGUUAAGUGCAAGGAUAGAUCACAAGGAAAUCUGAGUCCCAACAUCCCAGGAAAAAAAAAAAACCACAAGGACAAGUCAGUGUCCAUAUCCAUGAAGUCUUCAGAAGAUAAGAUGAACUUGAAGCCUUUUUGAUGUGAUCCAGAUCUGGAUUUACAGCCCUGUCCUGUAGGUUCUCCUUCUUGUCCCUCCAGCUGUUUUGAGUGGCUUCCACCAAUCUGUUAUUCUCCAUAAGUGCUGGCACAACUCCUAUCACCCCAGGCUAGAGUAAUUCCUUGAAGACAUCAAGUUGAGAGAUGCUGAGCUUCCAUUUCCUCCUUUAAAAAAAUGUGUACCUGCUACUGGUGGCCAAUUCAUUGGAAAUUACUUACUAUAAUGCAAUAGCCUUGUUUGUAUGCCAAGCUAAGAUAAUAAUAAUAAUAUAGGCUCCUUGGGUGCAAUCCC